CCUAGCUGAGACUGCUUCCCAUUUUAGCUUGGGCGGAAAAGCAUCUCUCUCGAAGCUUCCUAUCUCCUCCAACUCCAACUCCCUGUUCUAAGAAAAGUCGAAGGAAACUCCUUUCUGAUUCGGGUGCCGCGAUUCGUCAAUCGCUAGGGCUCGCAGUCCCCGAUCUCCAACUUCCGAUGGGCGCUGAUGGGGAUUCCUGCGACUCGAGUGUCGCUAGUGGAGCGGCCAGCCCUGCCACCAUUCACAUUCGCUGCUCCAAUGGAUCGAAGUUUUCCGUCCAGACGGCCCUCGACGCAGUCGUCAGCGUUUUCAAAGGCCUUAUUUCGGAGAAGUGCGACGUGCCCGCGGAGCAGCAGAGAUUAAUUUAUAAGGGACGGAUCUUGAAGGAUGAUAAAACCCUAGAGAGCUAUGGCUUGGAGUCGGAUCACACAAUCCAUUUAGUUCGUGGUGCUGCAUUAUCAAAUACCUCUAACAAUACUGCGGCCAGCCCUGGAGCAUUCCCUACAAAUAAUUCUGCGGCCAGCAUUGGAGCACCACCUGCAGACAAUAAUGUCGCAACUGGAAGGUCUCCUAGCUCCAAUGAGGGUGGGGGGUUGGGUGGUGCUGAACUUGGCGCUUCAUUUUUCCCUGGACUAGGUUCUAAUGGGCUUUUUGGUGUUGGGGCGUCUGGCUCGUUUGGAACUGGACUCCCAGAGUUUGAUCAGAUGCAGCAGCAGCUCACUCAGAACCCAAAUAUGAUGAGGGAUUUAAUGAACAUGCCUGCAAUUCAAAAUUUGGUGAAUAAUCCUGAUUUGAUGCGGAACCUGAUUAUGAGCAAUCCACAAAUGAGGGAGAUACUUGACCGAAAUCCUGAUCUCGCGCAUGUGCUAAAUGAUCCCAGCACUCUAAGGCAGACUCUGGAAGCAGCCAGGAAUCCCGAAUUAAUGAGAGAAAUGAUGCGGAAUACCGACAGAGCCAUGAGCAAUAUUGAGUCUUCACCGGAAGGAUUUAAUAUGCUUAGGCGAAUGUAUGAAACCGUACAGGAGCCGUUUCUAAAUGCAACAACGAUGGAGGGAAAUGCAGGAAGUGGUGCAGGUUUGAAUCCUUUUGCAGCGCUUUUGGGAAAUCAAGGAAGCACACAGUCUAGGGGGUCAACAAAUUCUUCCACUGCUAGCCCAGAUUCAGCAAAUGGUUCUCCUUCACCCAAUACUAAUCCGCUUCCUAAUCCUUGGAACAACAAUGCUGGAGGUACACAAGAGAAUACCAGAUCAACCACGGGAGGUGAUGGAAGAACUGGUAACAUUGCAGGGCUAGGCGGGCUUGGUGCUCCAGAACUGGAGAGGAUGGCUGCUGGCUUGCCAGACUCAUCCGUUUUUAACCAGGUUUUGCAAAAUCCAGCAAUGUCACAGAUGAUGCAAUCUUUACUUUCAAACCCACAAUAUAUUAACCAGAUUUUUAAUAUGAACCCACAGUUGCGCUCCAUGAUGGAAUCUAAUACACAAUUGCGAGAAAUGAUGCAAAAUCCUGAAUUUCUUCGACAGCUAGCAUCACCAGAAACACUGCAGCAAAUUCUGACAUUGCAACAGUCUCUUUCUUCAAUGUUCGGACGGCAACAGUCAAACCAGGGGCAGAACCAAACAUCUGAUGCUACAGGCAACACAGGAAUGGAAUUUUUGAUGCAAAUGUUUGGCGGACUUGGCGCUGGAGGUAAUCUCGGUGUUCCCAAUAAUCACAGCGCACCUCCUGAAGAACUCUACGCAACUCAACUUGCUCAGCUUCAGGAAAUGGGCUUCUUUGACACCCAGGAGAACAUUCGUGCUCUCAUUGCUUCUUCUGGUAAUGUACACGCUGCUGUGGAGAGGCUAUUGGGAAAUUUGGGGCAUUAAGAGUUCAAAAAAGAAGGAAAAAAAAUCAAAUUUCUUCUCCAUCCCAACUUCAAGUGGAAGUCGCAGGGGCCCAUGAAGGUUUGCCCCACGUAUUUAUAUCCUGUUUCUUCGUUCCAACAUUCAAAGGUAUUGUUGCAAUAACUAAAGGCAUUGUCCGAGAGCUAAUGCUUCUUUUAUUGUCUCACUAUGGGACUUGAAUUCGUUUUCACUUUUACCAUUGAAUGAUAAUGUUAUAAACCCAUAGCUUUUGUAUAUACCUAUGUUAAAGAUACAGUGAUUUUGAGUCUUUUGAUGUUUGAUUC